AUGUCGACACUGACGUUGGAUAUUCAAAAUGAUUAUGAAAAGAUCGCCAUUACUAGAAAAGAAUUGAAAACCCUAUACAAUAAUAUCUUAAAGUCCAUGGUUUUAAAACUCAACUUACAUCUACCUACCACACACAAUGAUCCAAUAAAAAAUGAAGUAUAUCUGAAAGUGGAAACCUGUCUACUAAAUUCAUUUCAAAACCUUUUAUGCUCUCUUUUGGUGGAUGGCGAGGAUCGAAGGAACGAGCCUAUACGAGAGCUUUUACUGGUGAAUGACAAGGAUGAUGAAGUGGAGCCCUUUGAUGUUGAAUUGGACAACGAGCUACGAACAAUAUUGACUGAAUACGAUGAUGUAACUGUUGAGCUCAGUGAACUAAAGCGCUCAUUACUGAAAGGGAUCUCGGAGAAAUAUCAAAACUCAGUUGUUCGUAUUGACGAUGAGGUGACACGAAUAAUUCGAUUAAUUGAUGAAAACGUUGGGCAACGUGAAAAGGAAGGUGUAAUUGAUGAUGCUUUGGCAAAGUUGGGUGACGUGGAUAUCGAUCGAAUGAACGAGGAGUAUUUCAAGUAUUUGCAAACAGUCAAUCAGCUCAGUGAGGAAGUUCCACUUUUGAGAAGAGAUGUUGGUGCAUACUCCAAGCUGGUAGAUUUCUUGAAAGAGAGGGAGAUGAAGCUUCAAAGUGAUGGGCAGAACCGACAUAGAUGA